AUGCAUCUUCUUUCGACUGGAUCGAGUGUCACUGGAAACAAACUUGCUGAAAUGGAACACCCCCUUGACCCACUCACACCAGACGAGAUUAAUGCUGUUACCUUGACUAUUAGGCGGUACACGGCCGAACACACAGACAUCAAAGCGGUGGACUUCAACAACUGCGCUCUUUUGCCUCCCCCUAAGAGGGCCGUCCUCGCUGCCUUGGGCAUUCCAAUUACUCCUGGCGGAAAGCCCGAAACCCCUAGUAAGAUCGUCAGGAAGGCAGAAUCAGACUUCUUUGACGUUGUGAACGGAGUUGCUUACAAUGCAGUCGUGGCAUUUGACGAUGGGGAAUGGAAAGUGGAAUCCCUCCAGCUUCUUCCGGAGGGCGCGCAACCCCAAAUAACUGUAGAAGAACUUAUCCACUGUGAGGUUGUUGUACGGAAUGAUCCCAAAGUGCAAGCUCUGGCAAAGCAAGUUGGUGUUGAACCUCAUCAAAUCUUUGCCGAUGGAUGGGCCAUUGGCUGGGACGACCGAUUCCCGAAGAACCUGCGGCUCCAACAAGCUCUUUUGUUUGCUCGUUUUUCGCAACACGACAACCUUUAUGCCCAUCCAUUGGAUUUCAUCCCAGUGAUUGAUUCACUUGCAGGAAAGGUCAUCCAGAUCGAUUUCCCGCCGUCGUGGAGGAAAAAGAGUGAUGGGGAUGUUGAGCUCUCUGUGUCUACGACGCAACCACUGCCCCUUUCGGACGAUUCAUUUCCGGUAGCAAACCGCGCACGUAUUCCGCCUCCGCUGGCACCUCAUGACUUCCUGCCCGACCUCAUGGAGAAGGCAGAUCCAAAUUACAAAGAACGUGAUGACCUGAAGCCAUUACAUGUUGUUCAGCCUGAAGGCGUGUCUUUCAAGAUGAAAGGUCAUGUACUGGAGUGGCAGAAAUGGAAGAUGCAUAUAGCUUUCAGCCAUCGCGAGGGUAUUGUACUGUCUACCAUCACAUACAACGACGAUGGAGAAAUUCGUCCGAUCUUCUACCGUCUUUCGAUUGCAGAGAUGGUUGUCCCUUAUGGUGCCCCCGAAUACCCCCACCCAAGGAAAUUUGCAUUCGAUUCAGGUGAAUAUGGUAUGGGCACAGUGGCUAAUGAACUCUCCCUCGGUUGCGAUUGCCUGGGCAAAAUUCAUUACUUGUCUGGCACUUAUGUUACCCACUCUGGUGCCGCCCUCGUUAUCAAGAAUGCCAUUUGCAUUCAUGAAGAAGAUGCCGGUGUGUUAUGGAAGCACUCUGACUUCCGUCCCGGUGGUCGCUCUCGGACCGUGAGGAGCCGGCGACUUGUUGUCAGCAUGGUUUGCACUGUCGCCAACUAUGAAUAUAUCUGGAAUUACUACUUCUACCAGGACGGUAAUGUUGAGGUUGAGAUCCGUCUGACCGGUAUUUUGCAAGUUUACGUCACAGCCUCUGAUGAGCCUACUCCCUAUGGGAUCACUGUCGCCCCCGGUAUCAACGCUCAUUAUCAUCAACACAUUUUCUCCCUUCGUGUCGACCCUAUGCUGGACGGUUUGCAGAACUCUGUCAUUGAGUCGGACAUUGUUGGUCUUGAUGCGCCGACGGGCACGAAUGAGAAUUUCGCUGGCAAUGGCUUCGUCGUCAAGGAUCGCGUUCUCAAGUCUCAAGUUGAAGACGGCGCACGGGAUUUCAACUGGGCGAACGAGCGUCGUUGGCGGAUCGCGAACCUGAACAAGACCCACUACGCAUCGGGCAAGCCAGUGUCGUAUGCAAUUAUGACGAAGGGUACUGUGCUCCCUCUCUUGGCAAAACCUGAUUCCUGGAUUGCACGUCGGGCUACCUUUGCGCACAAGCAGCUCUGGGUCGUGAGAGACGAAGAAGGCUCAAGGUUGUUCCCUAGCGGCAAAUACGUCCCACAGACUCGAGAAGGGCCCAAAGAUUCCGUCGGAAAGUGGGUGAAUGAGGGUAACGGCAGCAUUGAGAACGAGGACAUCGUUCUCUUCCUUACGCUCGGAACGACCCAUAUUCCCCGCCCGGAAGACUGGCCGGUCAUGCCUGUGGAACACCUUAGCGUCCUCUUCAAGCCUUCCAGUUUCUUCACCAACAACCCUAGUAUGGACGUCCCUGGCACCAAAGACCGUCAAAGUCGACCCGCAUUCGAUAUUGUCAACACCAAUGGACAACAUACGAACGCGGCGAACGGAACCGCGUGUUGCGCAAAUUAA